UUUAAAUAAGUGGUACCAGCGAUUAUGAUAGAAUUAUAAAAAUAAAAAUACUUUUAAUGUGACAGAAAAUUUAAAAGGAUAUGUGAAGUACGGUUCUGGAUACAUUUACAAAUGUUGCAUAGACUGCAUCACGGGCUGCAUACUCCAUUGCACGAACUCUAUUGCAAACGUUCCUCUGAAUUAUAUGGUUAUGUGUUACAGGCAUUAAAUAUAUAAAUUCCAAAAUAAAAACAAAUUACUUCUUGUUAUGGACAGAAAUCUUGAUGAAAGACUUCGCAAACCACGGAGGGCCAAGGGAACACCGUUUGUUCAAACACGAAACUACCUAUCGUUCGCUGCUUUAGCUGUUGGUGCUUUAAGUUUAUAUCUGUUUGAAACAAUCCCCGCUGUAAGACGUUUGAGAGAAAAUAUACUAACAAACGAACGUUUUAAAUCAUCGCCUGAAGUACAAGAGCACAUCCAAUCUAUGCACAUUUCUUUAAAUGAACCAGCACUAAGGCAAGUAAUAAGCAAAUAUCAACUAAAGAAGGAAGCUGAAAGAUUGGCAAUCAACAAUGAGGAAGAACCAAAAGAACAACCAUGGUACAGCAUCCUCUACCAGACGAACCAGAUCCCAAAAUAAAGCAAAUAGAACCAACUCAAACACUGAGACUAUAUCUAAGUUUUUCAAAAAAGCUGAUAAUGGAGAUAAGACUAAUCACAAUCAGUCUAUUUAUAAGGAUGCAGUUACUGAAAUUGGGGAAACACCUCAAUUCAAUAGUAGUAAUGUUAGUGAUGUUGAUCAGGAGUUUGUAUCGAUCAAACCAGCGAAAAAAGUCGCAGAAAUAUUUACGCAAGUUAAAGAAGCAAGAGUUAAACGGUCAAGUCGAUUGAAAAAUAUAGCUGUAAAGAAACCUGUUGCUAAUGAAACAAAAAAAUUGAUUCAUAUUGGAAAAACGUCGGAUGUUAAUGUGGAACAUUUGCAAUUAGCAAUGGCAUUGUCAAAAAGCAUGGAACCCGAAUUAAGUGCUAUUAAUAAUGAUGAGGAAGAUGUCUAUCCAUCAACACAGCAGAUUACCGAAAAUGCUAGGCUUGAAUUGCUUGGAUAUAGGUUUAAAUCAUUGCAAAGCACAUCACAAAAGUUAAAAAUCAACGAAAACUUAAAAUCAGUAACAAAUAGAAAAAAAUCAAAGUUUCGAUAUGUAAAGCCAAAAUUAUUCACGACAACAAAUGAAGAACGGCAAAAAAUUAUUCAAAAGAAAGUUGAAGAAAUAUUAUCAUUUACAGUGGCAAAGUGUUCAGUUGAUGAAAAUAUUCAACCAGUUCUGCAUAGUUUUAUACUACAAGAUAAUGUUAAUGAAAAGAAGAAAGUUUUUUAUUUAUCGCAACAAAUUGAGAAGGAAAUUGAUGAUUAUUAUGUUGAUGCAUUAGAACUUGAAAAAAGUAAAGCUGCUUGUGGGUAUUUACUUAAAAAUUGGGAUAUUAUUGCCGGCAGAGAUAAGUCUCCACAAAAAAACACGCAAAAAGAGAAAGAAGCUAGCGUAGAAGAACAUUGUAUGCAAAUAGACAAAUCUCCACAGGAAAACAGGCAGGAAGAAAAAGAAACAAUCGUAGAAGAAUAUAAUAAGGAAAUGGAUAUGGAUUUAUCACAAAAUAACAGUAGCCAAAACACAUUUGUAACAGCUAAAAGUUGCAGUUCAUAUUUUAGUUCAGUGUCACAAAUGACCCAGAAAUUGAUUAGGAGUGAUUCGCCCGAUUUAUUUGCAUCAUCUGAUGAAGAUGUAGAUAUGUUAGAGGAUAAUGUGUUUACAAAAUCUACGACCCAAAGUAUAAACAGCAAACAGUAUGAUGAACCUACUACACAUAAUUCAGUUAAUUAUAAUUUAAAUUUUAAAGAUAAAGAAAAUAAUGCCGAAAAUGUAGAAAUAGCUGAUGAAAAUCAACAAAUAUUUGAUGGUUUAAGCAGAAAUGAUGCAUCUCAUUCUUUAUUGGGUAAUAUAAAUAAAUUAAAAGAGCCGAAUAAGGGCGAAGUGCCAAAACAAAUAAAUAUUGACCAUAAAACUAAUGAAACUGUUGAGAUUCAAGAAGAGGAAAUCGUUAACUGUCAUGUAACAACAUUUAGUGCUAAGAAAUUUCAGAACUGUGCUUCUGCAUCAUUUUUAAGUAAUAUUAAUGCACAAAACUUGAACAAAUCCGAUGCUAAUUUUAAUGAUUCCGAUCAAAACUAUGAAGUUGAUGAUAAUGGGAUUUGUACUUACGAAAGUUUUUGUGAUUAUGAUGAACCCAACUUUGAUCAGUCAGUCCACAGUGCCGCAUCAGAAACAGAAGAUAAUAUUAACGAAUUAACAAACAAGAAAACAAUUGAAAGAAUUGCGAAGCAAACUAACGCAGGUGGCGUUGCAAGUUCGAACAUUGACAAAUACCCUGCUUUGAAAGCUUCUAAUCAGGAAAUUGACGAAAAUAAUGAAUCUACUUUUAAUCACUCUCAUAUUAGCCCCAAUUUAGCAUCACAAUAUGCUAAUGUUACACACCACGUGCAAGCAUUAUUAAAUUCUGAGUCUUUUGUUAAUGAUUUGAAGUCAAUUUGUAUUGAGAAGUACUUUAACAGAAGUAAAAAAGUUGACGAAAACCCUGAUAAAUUAUCGCCAAUUAAAAAUGCAUGCCGGGAGGUAAACAAAGAUGAAGGGGAUUUAUCACAGGCGAAAAUUGUUGCGAACACUCUUGAAAGUGAUGAAUGCAUUGAUUUAUCACAAGAUUCUGAUAACGAUGACGACAGUGAUCACCUUCAAACAAAUAUGUCUCGAACUGAACCAAGUUUACAAAGACAUUUGUCAACUGUAUCAAUGGAUUCCACAAUGUCCACUAACGACAGCAUUUGCAUCAGCGAUGAAGAACUAAAUUAUUCUUGCUUGAAUGCUACUCCGAAGCCCAAGCCACAAAAUACUUGGCAGUUUGAAAGGCUGGCGUAUAAGAAAAAUAAAUUUGCAAUUUCUGAUUCUGAAGAUGAAGAUGCUGAUGUUAAUGUUACCGAUAAUAAAAUGGAGGAGAGCAUUAAUGUCACUCGCAUAUUAGCUGCUAUACAGGAAAGGAAAUGUAAAGAACAUCAAGAUUCGCUAAAUAAACUAAAUACAUCAGGUAUUGUGAAUUUAGAAGACGAUGAAGACUCAGAAAAUGAUAGUGAGUUACAAGAAGCAUUGCGGUUGUCAGCAAUUGAGGCGGAGAAGGAGGAAAAAAGGCGCCUAAGUCAAGAAACACCGGAAAACACCGAAAAACAAAAUAGUAGCUUAACUACUUUUAUACAAAACAACGACCACGAAUUUUCUGAUAGUUUUCCAUUAUUAAAUUGUGAUAUUAGUAUAAAUAUUCCGAAAAGGGACGAACACCAUGAAAAGCAGGAUUUACAAUCAUCAAUUUCUAUCAAUCCUGCUGACUUAAACGUUGAAAAUGAUUUUGCUGAUAGUUUUCCAGUAUUGGUGGAUGAUAUUGAUAAAAAUGUAACAGAAAAUAAUUCGGAUGAAAAUUUCCCUAAAAACGACGAAAAUAAUGAAAAACAAGAUAUGGAGACAUCAAUUCCUAUUGAAACAGGCUAUUUUAAUGAUGAAAAUGACUUUGGUGAUAGUUUUCCGUCUAUUAACGACGGUUUUGAUCAUUCAAAUUUGAUUAAAGAGACAAAUGAUGAAAUUAAUGAUACUAAUAUUCAAAUUAUUGGGGUUACGCCAGAAAUAAGUGAUGAUGAAACGGAAAUUAAUAAGGAUCUUGCGGAUUGCAAUUUUCCCUCGUUUGAUUAUGAUAAUUUUGACCAUCGUGGAAAUAAUACAAUUGAAGUUGAAAUAAGCAAGCCAAUAAAAGAACCGGAUGAAUUUGAUCUUCUGAUUGAAAAUGAAUCAAUAUUUAACAGAUUAUCCAACAACGCGAAGCCACAAUGUCGCCGUGUUCAAGAAUUAAUUGGAGAAAACCAAACCCCUGGGAAACAAUCGAAUACAUCUCGGAGUAGUCCGAAUAAGCGAGCAAGUGAAACAUUUGAGGAUACGCUUGCUAAUCUUUUGGAAAACACGAAGGCUUUACAAAAUUUGGACCGCAUCGAAAAUAUCCAAUUGAAAACACCAAAUGAUGAAAAUAAGUCAAAUAAUAUUAUGAAUUCUUCAUCUAAGCAAAAUUCUGCUACUUUUAUAACUCCAGGUACGCCUGCGGAUGGAUUAUAUGUAAAAACUUCAAAUGUUACCCCGAUGCCAAUGUUUGAUAAAAUGACUACUCCAGAAAUACACUUGGAAUUAGAUAAAAUUGGCGUGAAACGCAUGAAGCGCCGUAGGGGUGUUCAAAUGUUGAAAUAUGUUUAUAAUUCGAUGCAUGUGCCAUUAGAAAAACAACUUGUUAUUGAAAAUGUAGAAUAUCCAGAAAUUGAUAUAGACAACUUCGAAAGACCAAGCAAACGUCGCAAAAAAUUGAAUUACGAUGAUGAUGCCAUUGAAGAAGUAGACGCCAUUGACGUUAAUCAUGCGAGGCAAAUUGAAAUAUUGCAUAGUUUACAGGCACCAAUGCAAGGAAAUAUCGAGAUUAACAGGAAACUAACUGAAUGGUACGUAUAUUCAAUUUUAAAAAGAUUAAAGCGUCUGGAGGACUUGAUUUUCGAAAGAACACAAUCGAAACGGAUUAAAUCAUGCGCGUUACCGUUUCAUAUCGCGUGGCAUAAUUUCCUAUGCGUGAAUCGUGAAAUUUGGGAGAAUGUCCUACUUUAUGAACCUUUGCAGGUCGAAGUCAUAUACGCCAUGUUCAAGGAAUUGGGUUUUAAAUAUCACAUACAGGAUAUGAUCACGUUUUUCGAUAAGAAGUGCAUCACGAUUCGGAUAAAGCAGAACAAUUGAAGGAAGUGAACUAGAAGAACUGCCAUACAUUUUUUUGCUAGGUUAUGUGGGUUAUAAGGCAAUUGAUUUUUAUAUGUAUCUACUUUUUCUUUAUACAGUUUAACGUUUGAAUUAUUUUUUGUAUUGUUUCUAUUGUAAUGAACUUGUGAACUUGUAAAAUUUUGGAUUGUGCACACUUUAUAAAUAUAUAUCUAAAUACGUC